AUGCCACCGCGCCCCACCAUCAAGGACCUACAAGCCCAGGUGGCCAUCCUGACUGAAAAGCUGGAGAAAGCUCAAGCUGCUGAGGCCCAGGACAAGAUACAAGAGCAGGCCAUCGCUCUUGCGGCUGCAAUUGAGCGCGCUGUUGCUGCUACCACCGUAGGCCCUGGUAUAGUCCCUGUUGAUGCCGAGAACCCUGGUCCGACCAUCGAGAGGCCCAAAACGAAAGCCGGAGGGCGGAUCGCGAUUCAGGAUGAGAUGGGGUUAAAGGACAAGGACGAGCUAUUUCGUAAUAUCCAGACUUACAUCCGCUCCCUUGUUCCCACGUGUGGCAUUGACUGGAAGAAAAACUUUCGCAUUCAGAGUGCUGACAAUCUUUCUAAGCUUUACCGGGCGGCUCGCAAGGAGUAUCCUAUCCUCAAGCGUUACAAGAACGAUUGGGCUACUGCAGAGUUACUAAAGAUGUACUUACAGAAUGCUCGCGAGCACGCUCGUAUCCGGGGCUACAUACCCCGCGCUGGCCGCAAGUCCUCCCAGUCGAAUAACGGGAAUGGUGGUGACAACAACACCGGAACUAGAGCCCCCUCCGCCGCCGGAGGUAGCACUCGUCGUGGUCGUGGUCGCGCCGCAAGAGCCUGA